AUGUCGUCUCCUUCCUCAACCGGAUCGUCGGCCAAGCGAAAGCGCAUCAUCCAGAUGCCGUCUGAACGCGUCAAGCCCUCGACUGCCGAGCUGCUGCAACCUUCGUCGCGGGAUGCCUCUGCUGAAGAAGCGGCCGAGUCACCCUCUCGCAUGUCCAAGCACAAGAAGGCAGCCAAUUCGAUCGACUCGAAGGACGCACCGCCAAGUAAACGACCUCGGACACGCGCUACAGCUGCCCCUGCCACCACCAGCAAAAACAGUAUGGACUCUACUAGUAGUGGCUUGAGGGUUGAAGCUUCGGCUAUCAACAGUAAAGAUCCUGGCGAGACGUCUUCGACCACCGAAGAUAGCGAGGAGAUCGAGAGGCACACGGAUCAGAGGAGAGGGAGAACUAGCAGCAAGAGUAAUGGAGCUGGCAACGAAAACGGCCAUGUCGAGAAGGACCGGAGCAUGAAGCCCAUGCGCAGGGCUGGGUUAAGAGAUCCGAUCGGAGGAUACAAGACCAAUCCACCGCCAACCGGAAGAUCGGUUAGGGUCUAUGCUGACGGAGUGUUUGAUCUGUUCCAUCUUGGGCACAUGCGCCAAUUGGAACAAGCAAAGAAUGCAUUCCCCGACACCUAUCUCCUUGUCGGCGUCACCGGCGACGCCGAAACUCACAAGCGUAAAGGUCUUACAGUGCUCACCGGGGCCGAGCGCGCGGAAACGGUCCGGCAUUGCAAAUGGGUGGAUGAAGUCCUUCCCAACUGCCCAUGGAUUGUUACGCCAGAAUUCCUGGAAAAGCAUAACAUCGACUACGUCGCACAUGACGACGAGCCAUACGGCGCCGACGAGGGUGACGACAUCUACAAGCCCAUCAAGGAGCAGGGGAAAUUCCUCGUCACGGAACGGACUGAGGGUGUUAGCACCACUGGCAUUAUCACCAAAAUCGUCCGGGACUAUGAGAAAUACAUCGCCCGCCAAUUCAAGCGCGGCGCCUCCCGCCAAGAGCUCAAUGUCAGCUGGCUCAAGAAGAACGAGCUCGAUCUCCGACGCCACGUCACCGAGCUUCGGGAUAGCAUUCGCAGCAACUGGACCAGCACGGGAAGUGAGGUCGGGAAAGAGCUGAGGCAGUUUUGGCAGACCAGUAGACCGGCCAGCCCGGCUCCUGGUAUUGCCGGAAAUGGUGGUAGGGCGGGUGUGGAAGGUCAGAAGACUGCUAAUGCUGGGAGUGCUUUUGAGCAUCUGAAACAUCUGGAGGUUCCGGGCCAGCCCGCGGAAAGGGGGAGGCCAGAGAGUAUUGGUGGAAGUAUUAGGGGAAGGAAUGAGGACUUUGCUGCUGGGUAUAGUUUGGGCUUGAUUGGUGGGGUGAGAAGUUGGAUGAUGCGUGGUAACAGAUCCCUGCGUGGCUCUCAGCCUCCGAGUCCGAGUGGCAGCGAGGACGAUAAUGACUCGACAAAGAGCCCCAUCAUUGCUCCUACUACUGAGCUGGUGGACGAUGACGAGAAGACGCCAAGUCGAGGGAGGAAGGACAAGAUGACAAGCGAUGGAAUCGAUAGUAUGGAUGUUGGGGCUUGA